AUGACAAUGGUUAUAAGAUAUUUUGUGUGGACACGAAAGGAUUGUACCUCUGUCUACAUGAGCUACUGCAAGCAGGCGCGCUGCAAAGAAGUUCCAGGAGGACAGCCUUUGUCAACAUUAGUCCCUCUCUCAGAUCAUGAUCUGACAGUAAAGAAACUAUACCUCAAAAAGCUAUGCCGUAUGGAUGCAUUUGGAGAGGCUGACAAAGAACGGUGGAUUGCAUAUCUACCAGUAAGCCUUCGGGAAAGCUUCAAAUGGGACAACCAAAUAUACAAGAGAAGAAUGGAAAAGAAGAACAAAACACAGCAAGAUAUAAGUGAUUCUUCAUUUUCUUUUCUUAAUGUGUCUAAAACUGGUGAUGCUGAAUCACCCAUAAUGACAGAUAUUCUGCAAUUCUCCAGCAAGGACGCGGGUGGAGCCAGCUUUAAAAGAGAAGCCAAAGAACAUAUUUUGACCCUUUUGAUUAGCCCAGUUUGA